AUGGCUCUUGAAGCACCCCUGCGAUCAUCCACAGGAAGCAUUACUUUGAGCUACUCGCCUCACGCCGAUAUGCCCAUGUCGUCAGGGCCAGAGUCCCCGGCCCUGCCGCCCCAGUAUGUGGCGUCCUCCUCGGCGUCCGAGUCGCAGUCUCUUCGCCCUACUUCUUACGCGAGACCAAGCUCAGCUCAUCUUCUGAGCCCGAGUAGCGACAUUGUCGGCCCUUCUCCCGUAACCUCCAACGGAACUGAAACAACAGAGAUAGAAGACGACGAGGCAGUGGAAAAUGCUGAGGAGAAUACAAAUCAACGGCGGAAUUCUCUGAUGACGCUAAAAACAAACAUACCGGAUCACAUUCGAAGGCCAUUGACCGAAGAAGUCGUCUCGGUAAUACACGCACCACCAAGUUUCGAGGAUUGGCUGCAGAAGUCGAGUGACACGGUCUCGAAAACGAGCGUCACUAACUCGACAAGCGGUGCGAGCGCGGAGAGCAGCACCACGAGCCCUCCGCCCAGCGAGCCAUCAACAGUAAUAUCACCGAGCCAUAACCCACCGUUGGUCAACACCAAGGUCAAGCCAGUGGCAUUUGGCAUGGACGCACCGACACCGCAGGCUCAGAGAUUAGAAGAUGUGCUUGCAGGCGAAUCUUCAAGGCUGCGGUCGAGCACAGCAAGCAGCUUAGAGUUGAUACCCGAGAGCCACGAAUUGGAGGGAGAGGACGACUUUGAGGAUGUUGACGAGUUUGCGAAUUCGACACGAUGCCAAGAUUCCGAGGUCAAAGCGCUCACAGCAGCCCUUGAGGAGUGCUGGACGCUGUGUAAUACGCUUGCCAAUCUCAGUUCGAUUCAUCGAGAACGUGUCUUCAACAGUUCCGGCACACCGGAUGCUCAUGAGAGAGCUUGGAAGAGUUGUUGGAAGCUCUGCAAGCGACUAUAUAACAGCCGAGACGAUGUCUCCGAAUCGUAUGGUGUUCGGACCAAUCUCGACCUGUGUCGCGACUUUUGCCAAGCAUUGUUCGAUGUGCGACAAAGGAAGGACGAAACAGCCGAUUCCAUCCUCAGAGUCAGCUUUGAGCUCAACAAUCACCUGUAUAGCGCUCAAGACAGCCGGUCGCUCCCCGAGGCUUUCAGGGAGCGGACCCUGGACUUCUAUAUUACACUGUGUCACCGACUCAUGAAGCAGCGAAGUGAGCUAGUUGAGGAGACAGAUUCGUUACUGCGUGCCUGCUGGGCGUUGGCCGAGAUGCUCUUCAGCCUCCGCCAAAACAAGCGAGACGGCAAAGCGCCCGAUGAGGAGCUUCUCGGCUCAGCUGUACAGGCGUGUUGGGAGCUCUGUGACAUAUUCCGAGAGGGCUGGACUCAAAUUCGGCCGGAUCGCGGAACCCCCCGGCCAAAUCAAAUUAACUUCUUCGCCGCCGGUCCACCGUACGGUUUGCAGCCGGCGAGCAGCCAUCAAUCUGAUGUUUCCCGCUCCAAUGCCGGCAGCCGUGCGUCGAUACAUUCAAAGCGUGAGAGUCUCCGCAGCCUCGCUGAUGCCGACCGCCCUCGAACGCACCCAAUCGUGCCCGAAACACCUGUUACCGAGUUCGAAGACACGCCUGUAUCACCCGACGCUAGCCCGCAAAUGCCCAAUAUCCUGGUGCUUGGACCGUCGGGCGACUCGCGAAGCGAUCGUGGCGGACGUUGGUCAAGCAAUGCGUCGAACCUAUCAGGCUACAGCCAAGGCAGUCAACACACCUCCAGCACCGCAACGACUGCCGCGACUGUCGAGGAUAUCAACAUUACUCGUAUCAAGGCGCUGGUAGUGAAGGCUGCUAUGAACGUCGGCUUCAGCCGUGAUGCAGUGGCGGCUGACGGAACUGGUGGGGGCGCGUCAUUGCAAUCAUUUGUGAAGAGUCUACCGACAGGCUCCUUUGGCUCUCUGCCCAGUCAUGCAGCACUGCUGCAGAACUAUAAGAACCUAGUUCUGGGCGACACGCCUUUCCGUUCUUUAACUAGCCUGCCGGCCCGGGGUAAGCGCUUCAGUGCGCUUGAGAUUUCCAAGAGUGUUAGCUGGAUGAGCUUGCGGUCUGCCCAGUAUGGCUUCCUCAGGGACUUGUUUAAGCUGGUCUUUGGUAUCCAAGUUGAAGAAGCCGAGACGAGGAAGAACAUAUCGAUUGCAGUUUAG